AUGCCACAAAGAACCAAUGAGGAGGGGGCCGAGGGGGAGCCCGUAGCGAAUAGCAGGGUGAGGAGCCGAGGGGUGGCCAAUGAGGAGCGCGCCGGGGCGGGUCUUCCCGCUGCGGGCGCUGGCGGAGACGGGCGGGUUUUAAAGCAACCAUCAGCGGCAGCCGUAGGCUUCCCCCGAAGCCGGGGAGCGAUGGCGGCGGCCGGGCCGGGCCUGGGCCCUGGGGCCGGCGGGGCGGUGAAGACGCUGGCCUUGGUGCUGGAGGACGAGGCCCGGCGCGGCGGCGGCUACUGCAGCGGGGACACGGUGUCCGGGCAGGUGCUGCUGGAGCUGGCGGGGCCGCUGCCGCUCCGCGGGCUGCGCCUGGAGGCCGCCGGCCGCGCCCGGGUGGCUUGGAGCGAGAGCUCGAGCGCUGUCCCCGGGGCGGGAACCUGGGGGGCGGCGGUGAGGGCGCCCGGGCCGGGGCCGCGGCGGGAGGCGGAGGUGCGCUACCUGGACAUUCGGCAGAGCUUGCUACAGGACCCACCCGGAGGUGAGGAAAGCUUAAUUCUUCUGGAUGGAAGACAUGAGUUUCCAUUCAGCUUUCAACUCCCUCAAGAACCUCUGGUGACCUCAUUUACUGGGAAGUAUGGUAGUAUCCAGUACUAUGUGAAAGCCACUCUGGAGAGGCCUGCAGCACCUGAUCAGAGUGUACAGACAGAGCUUCAGGUCAUUAGCCAUAUCGACGUCAGCUCACCAGCUUUACUGACACCUGUUCUAAGAAGUCAGGAGAAGAUGGUUGGCUGUUGGUUUUUCACCUCUGGGCCAGUGUCUCUCAGUGCCAAAAUUGAGAGGAAGGGAUACUGUAAUGGGGAAGCCAUACCCAUCUAUGCAGAAAUUGAGAACUGCUCUUCUCGUCUCAUUGUUCCAAAAGCUGCCAUUUUCCAAACACAAACUUACCUGGCCAGUGGGAAGACAAAAACUUUCCGUCAGAUGGUUGCCAAUGUCCGAGGAAACCACAUUGCCUCUGGGAGUACAGAUACCUGGAAUGGGAAAACUCUGAAAAUCCCACCUGUAUCCCCCUCUAUACUUGACUGCUGUAUCAUUAGAGUAGAAUAUUCAUUAGCUGUAUAUAUCCAUAUUCCUGGUGCUAAGAAAUUGAUGAUUGAAAUGCCUCUGGUGAUUGGCACUAUUCCAUGUAUUGGAUUUUCAAGCAGAAACUCCAGCAUUACCAGCCAGUUCAGUAUGGAUAUGAGCUGGCUGGCAUUGACCAUGCCAGAACACCCUGAAGCACCACCAAAUUAUGCUGAUGUAGUGUCUGAGGAAGAGUUCUCCAGACAUGUUCCUGCUUAUCCACCACCAAUUGACUGUGAGGAACAAUUGUGUUGUCCUGUCUUUGCUUACAUACAAGAGUUCCGGUUUCAGCCUCCACCUCUUUAUUCUGAGAUUGAUCCACAUCCAACUGACGUAGAAGAAAUGCAGCCCAUUUCAUUCAUGGUCUGAAGAGGAUUUGUGAUGAAUGUCUCAGUCUUUCUGCUGCUUAAGCUGAUAGUGCAGCUAAAGAGGAAGCAAUUUUCUUUUUCAAAACUUAACGUUUGUGCACAAGAAGGACAAAGGAGAAUGGAGAGGGAGGUAUGAGCAUGUUUGGUGAUGGAGGAGAAUCUGCUGGAUUAGACUGCACAGAGGAUAUUGUGAGAGCAGCUGCACUUGGGAUGCUUGAGAAGUACCUGAAAAGGCUGAACGAACGCUCUCUACAAAGUGGAUAUACUACAUAAAGUAUGAGGAGGAGAUGGAAGGAUCUUCUGAAGAAAAAAAAGAGAUGUAUUUUGUUUGGAACUUUCUGGAAGAAUUUGUGUAAUGAUGUUGAGAAGUUCCAUAGUAGAACAGAAUGUGGGGUAAGAAAACAUUUCCAAAAGAUUCCAGUGUUCAAGGGGCUUCAGUCUUGCACUGGCUGCAUCUGAGAAAGGAACACUACUAAAAUGUGGAGACAAGUCUUCACUCUAGCUAAACUUCUCAUGAGAACCUGCCCUUCUGACAACUGCCAAGUGGUACUAUUUCAUCAUUCAUCAUGUUCCUCAAGACAUCAUGGAUGACAGAAUAGCUAUUACGCAAUAUAAUGAAGGCAACCAUCUACUGAAUGGAAGACACAAUUAUGUAAAAGAAAACUGAACUUUGAUAAGAGCUUAUGCACUAUGCUUUCUUUUCAAGGGAUUUCUUAAGGGAAUUACUCUAGCCUCUUCUACUGUGAGUUCCUUUUCUGCAUCUUAAGCCUAUGGAUAGCAUGAUAAGGUGAAGUGUGGCAAGGGAGGAUCCUUUUGCCAACAGCAGGUCUACUUAGCAAAAUGGACAACACUUAUUUAUUCAGAAGCCUUUAUAAGCCUACCUCUGUUUUGGAUAUUUACUUAAGGUCAGAUUUGAGACCAAAAAAAGAGUCUUGUUAAAGCUUGAGUAUACUUCAAGGUUCUAAAAGGGACCCUAAAUGGUUUCUGUGGUUAGUGAAUGAGAUAGGAGGCGUAGGGAGAGGUGUAAAUAUACCCAGAAUAGACAUAGCUUAUAACUGAAGAGAAAGCAGACUUUGGGGGAACAGAAUCCUCUGGUAAUGGCACAAAGCUUUUCAUUACUCCUGCAUUUUUGUCUAGAGAUCUAUUGUCAGGGGCUGCACUGGUCAUUUGCUAUCCAUACUAUUCUUUUUGUUAGCGUGUCUCCUUGUUUAAUUUUGUUUUGGUGCAAUAUUUUAAUGUUUUCUUCCUCAGGUCAUUUAGAACAGUGAGAGUUUGUUGCUGCUAAGAGUGAAGGCACAGCAUUUUACUUGGCCCUUCUGCUGCCUUCAUUUAAAGAAUGAAUUUAAAAACAAAUGUUUGCUUCCUGCCGAGCAUCAAUUGGGAUAAGUAAGCCACCAUCAGCAGGUCACUGAAGAGAGCAGAAAAACAUUCUCAACAUGCACGUUUACAGUCGACUCUUUAAACUACAGGGGAUUUUGAACUCCUAGAACUACUCCAUAUGUCUUACAGAAGGGUUUGGGGUUAAAACCCGGUGCUUCAUUCAUGUGGUAAAACAUUGUACUUUCUGUUAACUACCAGGGUAGUGACUGAGUUUCUUUCAUUUCAUCAAUAACUGCAGUUUAACCAAAGAGUUUAAAUGUGAGCUUUUCUCAUGAACUCUGUCUCCAUUUAAGAAGCAGGGGUUUCCCUGCAGCCAGACAUGGAUGUAUAUUUUUAGUCUUCUUUUUGUAUGACUUCGUUUCAUUGUUUAAUUUAUUAGCUCUUCACCUCGAGUCACUUUGCCAUCGAUGUAAAAGACAUAUCGACUGAGGCUCAUGGUUCCAAACUGCAGUCAUUGGGUUUUUUCCUUUUCAUUUACAACUUUAAGUAUUCUCUAGCAAAUGCAGCUUUAUCCAACAUUGGAGUGCAUGUUCUAGAAAAAGACAUUCAGAGAUUGGCUUUUACCCAAAGUCUCAAGGUGAACUGCUCAUGCCUUUAUGUUGAAGGGAGGGUGUGCCCGUACAAUCCAUGCAGGGUUUUCAUUCGCAUCACCUGGAAAGGGAACAAGCAUCUUUGCCUGAAGCAGAUACCAUUAUAGUUAACUUGAAAAGCGAUGUGGCUGUGUAUUAACUUGCAUGUUAAUAAUUCAGAAUAUUAGCUUAAAGAGCAUUUGGUGCAUUUUUUGGAUUGUAAUACCCAAAAAAGGUGAUGCGUGCUACCUGGUAUAAACAUGGUCAAGCAAACAACAGCAUGAAGGGCAAAAGAUGUGCUCUUUUUUUUCCUAAGGUAUUUGAGGGUUUUUUAUUAUUAUUAUUUGCAGAUAAACUGUGGCCUUAGAUUGUUUGCUGCAAAAAAAAAAAAAAGACAACUAGAAUGUGUUUCUUAGGAAGCACAAGUGGCCCUUCAAAGGAGGGGUGAAAACAAGAUUGAGUUCUGCUCUCUGGCACUUGGCUUAGUGCAGAAAUUGAUCCUUAAAAUAAUUACUGUUUGCACAACAAUAAGUUCAAUAUGCAGGGGCUUUGUUUUGAUAACUGUGAAACAGUUUAAAAGAGACUAAAUUAAAAAAAAAAAAAAGAAAAAACAUGCUGUUUAACGUAAAAAAACAUGAUUGUAUUUUGUACUAAUGACUGAGCCCCAUGGGCUCUUUGUUAAUAAAA